CCAAAGCCAAACCAAACUGGUAGAAAAGACAUCAGUCGUCAGGUUCUCAGGUCAGCAGUCGCAAGUGCAGACAAAGGACGGAGAAAAAGAGUAGUUUUCCCUUCAGCAGCAGCAAGCUCAUCUGUCGCCUUUCCGCAUCGUAAUUUCUCGAAAUCGAUGCCAGCAGUGUGAAAAUUGUGCGCUUUUCCGAUCUAAAACAGCUGGUUUAGAGUUUUCUGGUGGUUGCCCUCCGGAAGGUGACACAAAUUGGACAAUUUUCAGCAGGAACGGUUCUCUGCAGGUUUUUUCCUCGGGAGGUCAUUGGCAGCAGGGAGCGAGAAAGAGACAGGGACAAGGGUGAAGGCCCAUAAAAGUGCGAGAACGAGAAGUACGAAGAAAGUUAAUCAACCUUCUCCCGUCAUCGUCGUCAACAAGAGGAAAGUUUUAUUUUUCUGGUUCCGUCAAGCCAGAAAGAGGACAGUUUCUUUGAGGGUAUCAUCAGCGGCAGCGGGUCAAAAGGCACGGACCAAAAUGACUUACCGGGAAGCUUCCCACGCCGGGAGUUGGUAUACGGAUUCAGGUUCCGAUCUGAACCGCCAACUGUCCAAGUGGUUGGACGAUGCUGAUUUGACUUUCGGCCCGGCCCGUGCAAUUAUCGCCCCGCACGCCGGCUAUCGUUACUGUGGAGCAUGUGGCGCUUGGGCUUACCGACAAAUUAGCCCAGCUGUUGUGAAGCGCGUGUUCAUACUGGGUCCAUCGCAUCACGUCCGAUUAUCGCGAUGUGCCCUCUCGGCAGCCCAGUACUGUCGUACGCCACUGUACGACCUCAAAGUGGACCAGGAGGUCAAUGCCGAGCUGGAAGCGACCGGCCACUUCAAGUGGAUGGACCAGAAGACGGACGAGGACGAGCACAGCAUCGAGAUGCAUCUUCCCUACGUGGCCAAAGUGAUGGAAGACUUCCGCGACCAGUUCACCAUCGUGCCAAUCAUGGUCGGCUCGAUCAGCAACGACUGGGAGGAAACGUACGGCAAAAUCCUGGCGCCGUACCUGGCCGAUCCGCAGAAUCUCUUCGUCAUUUCGUCCGACUUCUGCCACUGGGGGGCCCGCUUCCGGUACACCUAUUACGAGGACUCGCACGGUCCGAUCUACAAGUGGAUCGAGGUGCUGGACAAGAUGGGCAUGGACCUGAUCGAAACGCUCAAGCCGGAAAGCUUCGGCGAGUAUCUGCGAAAGUACAACAACACCAUCUGCGGCCGACAUCCGAUCGGUGUGCUGCUUCAGUCCGUGGAGGAGCUGAAGCGACGUGGCUACCGGAUGAGCUUCAAAUUUCUCAAGUACGACCAAAGCAAUCAAUGUUGUGAUAAGAAGGACUCCAGCGUUAGCUACGCCUCGGGUUCGUUGAUUUUCGAAUAGAGGUCGCACGCGCUCCUCAGCGCCCGGCAGUUGAAAACACUACAAAUGUAUUGCAUAAGUUAGGAAGCACAUCAAUCGGAACAAAAGCAGAGUAACAAAAGCGUAAGGUAAAACAAAACAGAUUGUUUAGAGAAGCUAAUAACAAUAAAUCGGAUCAGAGAGGCACGGAUUUAGGAUUGCGAGAAAUGACACUAAAAAUGAGAGAAAGCUACGGAUCAAGAGACAGAAAGAAAGAGUUUUAAUAUAUACAAUUUCCGUCAAACGAACUCAUAUGCUGAUUAAUAUAUGAUUAUAUUUACUUAUAUGUACUGCUAGUGUGUGUAAUCCAGCAAAAUAACAAACCGUGUUUGUCUCAUCGUUUUUAGCAUUAGCAUGUAAGUGAAGCAGAGAACCCCUUCCUUGAUGGUCGAUUUUAGAAUAACAAAAUAAAAAGCCUGUCCUCAAGAGUUUUUAUUCGGAAGUUUGGAAUGUAGAUUAGCAGAUUGAGUUCAAUGUUAUGUAUAGGUUUGUCUCUUUCCGUUCAUUGUUACGAGAAACAUAUUUUCCACUCAGAGAAGCGAAAAAUUACUAUGUUUUGCUUCGAUCACAGGUUCGGCCCUGUGUAAUAUUACAAAACCCGCCUGUACUUUGUAUUUCGAAUUAGUUGUUUGAGUGAAUACAAAUAUUCUUAAUGGAAAAUAAUAAA